AUGAGCGGCGAGGUGAAAAAGCAUUCGGUAACAGAGGCGUUCAUUUCAAUAACCAGGUUAUUGCCUCCCGAGAUCAGGUUGGUUAUAUUCAAUGAGGUUUUGGUCAAAUGCAGACUUGCCGAUCUGUUUACUUGUCUAAUUGAGGGUGAGUUUAAUGCUGAUGACGCCUUUGAUGACUUGCUGAACCAGAAACUGUGCUUGUUCCACUUUCCUAACAAAAGUUGGCUUGAGAUCCGGCAGUCUACCAAGCCUGAAUUUAGCAAGACGCCGGAAAAUAGCAUGCGGAUCGAGGUGGCUGGACGAGAAUACGAACAGUUACGCGAACAAGUGCGUGCCGGAAAGAUUAGGGUCCGUUACUAUUUACUUGGACAACAAUUCAAAAACACAAGCUGGCUUACCGAAUCGUGUGAACACUUAAUCUUUGACGAAGACUCCCAAAUUGACGAGCAGGUCUCGUUAUACUUUAGCAAAGUUGCCGAAAUACGAUUGAACAUCGAGACAACCAGAAACUUGUGGCUCCUUCCUCUCACGAAGAACCUCAAGACAAUCCACCUGAACCUCAACAACGGAUUCCAAAGAGCCGAUUGCACUACUGUGGUUGCAGAUAUAAUCAACUUGUCUACAAACAAGUUUGAUUUACACCUUUCCUUGCGAAUAUUCAAGAACUCCUCGACCGACGAGCUGAUCAGAGCGUUAAAAGGCCUUGUUCAUCUUUGUUACACACGAGACAUCAAAAUACAGGCACGAUUUCUCAACACGAAUGACUCAAAGUUUGAACUCGAAUGGAUGAUUAAUUCCAUCACACCUAUCGGCAAAAUCAUCAAAGUCCUUGAGGUUGAUCUUGUCUCCGAAUCAUUAUCACUUUCAGAUCUGGUAUCGUCAACUAGUAGUCUUGAAUUCCUAAAACUGAAUUCGACGACUUACAAAAAUACCGCUCUUCUCUCCUCAACGAGACCAGCGCAGAUAGCAUUACCCAAGCUAUACAAGACAGAGCUCAGAGGCUUUCAAAUACAGGAUCCAAUAGCAUUGUUGCCUCUCGAAAAGCUUACAAAAUUGAAACUGGUACGGUGCUCGGUGGCUCCCACCGUGCUCACAUGUGUUCAGAACUUGAGGUAUCUACAUCUUCACAACUGCAGUUGCCAAACAAUAAGACUACCGCCAAAACUGAUGGAGGUCAAAAUAACAGACGAUCUGGAAUCCUCUGCGAUCUUCAUUCAGAAUUUGGACGAAGAAAUCAGCUUGAAGCUGAUGCUGCUGAAACAUAAGUCCAUCAACCUUGAAGUUUUGAACCAGCUACCAAAAAAUUUGGAGACGCUAGUGAUUGACGGGUGUGACAUAGCUAGGGGAUACAAGGAUAAGACAGUGAACUUACCACCAAGUUUGAGGUCUUUGGAAGUCUAUGGGGAUACGAGUAGAACCAGACAACUCACGCAAUCUCUCCAAGAUUGUUCCGAUAUUGUUCAGCUGCUCAACUUUGCUGAACUGUGCAAACUCGAAAAAUUGACAGUUACAGAGGGACUGAGAUUCAGAUACUCAAUACGGUGGCCCGAUCAGCUACCACCCACUUUGAGAGAAUUGAAUCUGGACAUAUCUCUAGCUACAUUGAGAACUUUGAAGCUACCACAGGAUCUGGUCAAACUCAAGGUUCGCUUGAACAACUCCCGAGGUAAUCCGUUUUCAAUACUACGAACAUUUCCACAGAACCUGGAAGAUCUGGAGCUAAUAACCAAGUCUCUAUACUUUGAUCUGUUCAAGACUAAUAUCAGCAAAUUGAAGCUUAAGACAUUGAAGGUUAAGAUCGAGUCUUCGCAAUAUCGAACGUCCACGAUCGUUCGUCUGAAGCUUAACGAUCUUCCAACCACCUUGAAAAAGAUUGAAUUCAAAGAAGAAACAUUCACUUCAAGGAACCUCCAGCUUUACUUGAUAUGCAAUGAGAUCACAGAGAACUUCAGGAAGAGUGGCUUCAUCAAUAAGUGUGCAAAUAUUAAGGAGUUGAAGAAAACAGGAUUUUUCAGACUGAUUCGUGCUGAUUGA